AAUAUAAUAAUGCUAUUAUUAUCAAAUCUGGAUACUGAUUAGUAGGCUAUUUAUCGUGGAAAUUAUUUACAGGAAAUCUACACGGAAGCGAUUCAUCCCGCCCACCAGACCGUAUAUUAUCUGGAAAAAACGAUCAACCCCCAUGCUCAGCAAGUGAUUUCAACCUUUUGGUAAUAACGAUUUGAAUCAAUAAUACAUUAUGGUGCAAAAUAUCCCUUUAUUGACUAGCAACACGGCUGGUAGUAGCAUGUUAGCUACCUAGCUAUUUUUCUUUAGCAAGCUGGAUACGACCCCAGACAAGUGUUACAUUGUGAACCUUGCAAUUUGAUCGUCUUAUUGAACCUUUGUUGCACUCUUUUACGCUGGACUGUCUUCGCCACUUGGUUGCUAGCUAGCUGUCACUCUUGUUGGACAGAGAAACAGAUACGCGGUGUGUCAGUGAUAGACAUGGCAUAUUUCUACCCACUUAUUCUGAAUAACAGGGCUUUCGGAAGAGAUUCACUUUAGGAUCACACACAGUCCUGACUUGCUCCCACAAGCACAGAUGUUUGGUGCAGAUCCCACUGUGAAUUGAUCUGUAAAAAAAGACACACACGCAAGCAGUAUGUCGGAGAACCUCGUCCUCACCUUCCAGACCCAGCUCUCGGGAGUCAUGGAGACGGUCCUAAAGUCAGCCAUAUAUGAGAUCACCAGGCUGGUGGAGGACGGCUUCCUGGAGGAGGUGUCCCGAAGCCGUGAGCAGGUCGAGUCGCUGAAGAAGAGGUUACAGCGGUCGGAGAACAGAGAGGGAGGCCAGAGGGGGAAAUGUGCAGACUGUGGGAAAGCUGAUGAGGAAGGUGGAAGCUCUGGAAACUCACAGACAGGUGCGGAGAUGGGGUGUGGCCUGAAGCAGGAGAAGGUACCAGGGGAGGAGUGGAGCAGCUGUGGGGGCGUGGCCAGGGAAACAGCCUUCCAUGAUCUGGAGGCUGAGGCCACCAGCCUUAGGAGAACCUCUGAGUCCACAGAGGUCACAGGUCAGAAGCUGGACAGCCUGCUGAAAGAGGAGCCUCUCCACAACACCGAGCUACAGGAGAGAUGGGGUGUCUGCCUGGACGGUGCCGAUGGUUCAGACGUCUCGGGGCCCAGUAAGAGUUUCAGUGAGCAGGAGCUGCAGCAGUGCCAGGCUGACUGGGGAUCCGGUCUAGACCAGGGGCCUGAACCACCAGGCCCAGAUGGAAACCCAGGGGACCCCAGCCAACCUCUCUUCCAACCCCGUUACAGCCUGGAGGAUCUGGGGGGUGGCUUUGAGAAAUCUGGUUACGGCGGUGCUGGUGGUGGAGGAGGCCAUCGUCUAGACGUGGAAGGGCUGGAUAGGCUUCCUGGUUCUCCGUCUCAUCUGGGUGCGCUGAGCUACGGAGCUGUGGGUCACUACCAGGUGGACCUGGGGGGGUCUGAGGGGGGAGACCAUCACCAUCGCUCCCACAUGCCUGGCCCCCAUCGGAGCCGGAGGGAGCAGGUGGCGUCGCCAACGCCACCGCCCCACCCAGAGGUGGGUGUCCGGAACUGCCUGUUGAUCAACGAGGAGGGUUACCUGCAGGACUCCAGUGUCUUGUACCCUGAACACGGUGUCACAGAGUCAGGUAGCAGAGCCGGCCACAGGGGGCUAACCUCCAUCCACUCUGGAAGCUCAGCCCACAACAACAACACAGAGAGCCUGUAUGGUGCCCCUGACAACUUUGGACACUCUCUAAACCUCAGAGAUCGUUCACAAGAGCAGGUAACAGAAGGAGGAGUAAUGGGAGGAGGGGGGAAGCGUCACGCCUGCAAUCAAUGCACCAUGACAUUCUCAGACUCUGGCUCCCUUGAGGCCCACAAGCAGACACACAAAACAGGUAGAGUCUCAGGGUCAGGAUCUGGGCCUCCGUACUCCUGCACCAAGUGCGGUAAGUCCUUCACCCAGGCUUGCAACCUCAAGGUCCACCAGCGGCUCCACCAGGCAGAGGGACUCCACCUCUGCAGCCACUGCUCCAAGGGCUUCACCUCCUUCUCUGACCUGAAGAGGCACAAGUGCAUUCAGACGACAGACAAGCCCUACUGCUGCUCCAUCUGUGGGAACAAAUUCAGUCGGCUCUGGAACCUCAAGCUGCACAGGCGCGUUCACACACAGGAGAAACCCCACCGCUGCACUAUGUGUGACAAGAGCUUUGCUCGGGCAGACAAUUUGAAGGUGCACCAGCGCACGCACACUGGGGAGAGACCGUACUGCUGCGCUGUGUGUGGACUCAGCUUCAAACAACUAAACCAUCUGAAGUGGCACCAGCGUAAACACAGGCUGGAUCUCCUGGCCUGAGCAGUGGUCUAGAAAACAAUCUUUUUGAGAAAUUGUUUAUAAAUAAGGACAUUAAAAAUAUGAACUGUUGGAAAUCUAACCAUGUGUUGAAUAUGAAUUAAUGUCUUACAUUAUGGACUGUCUAUAAAUUGUCUGUUAUAAUGAUCAUGCGUAACCUAUGAAACAUUUGAAUGAUGGAACAUUCAUAUGCUCGUGGGAAGUUGUACGUCUGACAUGAUUGUGUUCAAGUGCAUUUGAAGUCAGACCAAUUCUUUAACCAAUAAGAUUUUUGCUAGCUUGUUUGCUAGCUAAUGUUGCUCAUAAUAAAGUUAUCUAGUUUGCUUAACAUUGACAGUACGGUAAAACUAGCUACAUUAUCCAAAUUGCUAAGUUUGUAAUUGUCAAAAUUGGAUUUGUUGUCAAGUUUUGGUUGAAACGGUAUAAGUGCUUUCCCACUUGUAAUUACGACUUAGAGGGUUGUUCAAGUGAAACUUUCCAGUCCAGUCCAGAUUUUUACAUACAAAUAAAACAAAAUAAAACACA